GUGCGCUGUUGAGAGUAAAAAUAAAAAGGCCUAUUCAAUUUUUUCAAGUCAUCUGUGCUUUGUUUUGAUAAUUUUGUCUGCACAUUUUUCACAUAAUUUUCUUAGAUUUUAGUGAAAAUCAGUGAUUAAAAAUGGUUUCAGUGUACGUUGGACUUCGUUUUCCAGUAGCUACAUACAGUGGUUAUGAAAGGAUUGUAGUGAACAAUGUGCAUUUAUCGCUGAACAGUGAUCCCAUAAAGGAAGAAGUGGCCAAGAAAGUGAAGAUUCCAGCUCAAGAAAUAGAAUUGAUCUACUGCGGGAAGCCCAUAAACGACGCACUCAGCUUGGAGAGCCAAUCAAUUAAGCCCGGAUGUACAAUUCAUGCCAUGCAGAAGGUACCAAAAGAAGAACCUCCACAGAAAGUUAGUAUCACUCCUGAGCAAAAGCAAAGGAUUGUUGCACAGUUCCAGACCUUCCUGAGCAGUAACUUUCAGCGAAUCUCACGCCCUGAAGUGCUUCAGGAAAUCCUUGAUGAAUAUCCAGGUUUCCACAGCAAUCUCGGAGCUCUAGCUUUUCUCCGGGAUCCUAUUUUGCUGUCAUCAAUGCAGGAUCCAGAAAAUAUAGAGAAGAUCCUGGAGAACUACAGUAUCUUAGUGGAAGCAGCUCCUUUUAUUGCCAAGGUACUCAAAGGAGCAGAGAAAUCCAAAAAGGACGCCAGUACGGAAGUCUAUACUGGAGAUGAUCAAUCGGAUUCUUCAUCAGGUUCAGAGAGUCCUUUGCCCACGAAUCCAGACAGAAAUACUCCUAGGAGGAUCACGAGACAGCAAUUGGGAGCUGCUCUAGCUUUAGCUGAGUACACUUCCCGGAAUUCUCUGUCAAAUAUUGCCCAGCGAAAUCUCGAUGAGAAUGCCGAAGGUAGUGAACAGAACCCAGCUCCUGGUCCAUCAAGUGGCUCAAGGAGUCGACCCAUCUCCACUUCUAUGCUCAAUGACGUCCUGGCCAGAAUUAAUCCGACUCCUGGAACUCCAGCAGGAACUACGGAUGCACCACAAAUCCCUCCAGCUCAGCAAUACGCAGCGGAAUUGCAGAGAAUGCGAGAGAUGGGUUUCCUGGAUGACCAGGUGAAUCUCCAGGCCCUUCAGCUCUGCAACGGAGACGUCGAGACUGCUAUUAAUCUUGUUUUCAGUGAUGAAUUGUGAAUUUAUGAACUUACUCGAAGAUCAAUAAAAGAAAACACAAUCUCUACAUUAUAAAAUGCAA